UCUUUCCGUGCCGAUAGCGCUCACGCAAGCAUGGUUAACGUCCCUAAAACCCGCCGGACUUUCUGUAAGAAGUGUGGCAAGCACCAACCCCAUAAAGUGACACAGUACAAGAAGGGCAAGGAUUCUCUCUAUGCCCAGGGAAAGCGGCGUUAUGACAGGAAGCAGAGUGGCUAUGGUGGGCAAACUAAGCCGAUUUUCCGGAAAAAGGCUAAAACUACAAAGAAGAUUGUGCUAAGGCUUGAGUGCGUUGAGCCCAACUGCAGAUCUAAGAGAAUGCUGGCUAUUAAAAGAUGCAAGCAUUUUGAACUGGGAGGAGAUAAGAAGAGAAAGGGCCAAGUGAUCCAGUUCUAAGUGUCAUCUUUUAUUAUGACGACAAUAAAAUCUUGAGUUUAUGUUCAAAAAAAAAAAAAAAAAAAAAAGAAA